GCCAAUCGAAUGCGUCAGAGCGUACGCCGGAAAACCCCCGCUAGCCAAUGAGCAGCUAGAUCCGGCAGCAAGUUCAGGUGUGCGGCGUUCAGCCUCUCUCCUCUUUGUGAUCAACGCUGCGUGUGUUACUGGAGCGAAUUAAAUACUCUUAUAAAAGAUGCAAGGAAACAGAGGACCCCGUUCAGAGCAGCAGAAUCACGGCCCACCCCGACAGCAGCCCAACCCCCAGCAGGAACAGCAGAGGAAGCCCCCAGGAGCCGACAGCAAUGGACAGCACACUGAUGCUGGAGAGCAGAGCAGCCCGAAUGCUGCUUUCACUAUAGACCUGCAGAACUUCAAGAAGCCAGGCGAGAAGACCUACACGCAGAGGAGCAGGCUGUUUGUGGGGAACCUGCCCACUGGAACCUCAGAGGAGGAUGUGGAGAAGCUCUUCUCCAAGUAUGGAAAACCUUCUGAGAUUUUCAUCAACAAGGAAAGAGGCUUCGGCUUCAUCAGGCUGGAAACAAAGACUCUUGCAGACAUAGCGAAAGCAGAACUGGAUGACACUGUGUUCAAAGGUCGCCAGAUCCGUGUGCGUUUUGCCACUCACGGAGCUUCGCUGAUGGUCAAGAACCUGCCUCAGUUUGUGUCCAACGAGCUCCUGGAGGAGGCCUUCGCCAUGUUCGGUCCGAUCGAACGGGCCAUUGUCAUCGUCGAUGAUCGUGGCAGGCCAACUGGGAAGGGCAUUGUGGAGUUUGCCAACAAACCCUCUGCCAGGAAAGCUCUGGACCGUUGUGGAGAUGGAGCCUUUCUUCUCACCACUUUCCCCAGGCCUGUUACCGUUGAGCCGAUGGAGCAGCUUGAUGAGGAUGAAGGACUUCCUGAGAGACUUAUUAACAAAAACCCACUAUAUCACAAAGAACGCGAGCAGCCGCCCCGGUUCGCUCAGCCAGGCUCGUUUGAGUACGAGUAUGCUAUGCGCUGGAAGGCCUUAAUGGAAAUGGAAAAGCAGCAGUUUGAACAAGUUGAUCGAAACAUCAAAGAGGCCCAAGAGAAGCUGGAGACUGAAAUGGAAGCAGCACGACAUGAGCACCAAGUCAUGUUGAUGAGACAAGAUCUCCUGCGCAGACAGGAAGAGUUGAGGAGAAUGGAGGAGGCUCAUAGCCAGGAGGUGCAGAAACGGAAACAGAUGGAGCUGCGUCAGGAGGAGGAGCGGCGGAGGAGAGAGGAGGAGCUCCGUGCUCACUCUGAGGACCUGAUGAGGAGACAGCAGGGGCAGGGAGGCAACUUCUCUGAGAAAAGAGAUCCAGACAUGAGGAUGCAUAUGGGAGGUCAGGGAAUGGCCAUGAACAGGAACCCGAUGGGUGGAAAUACCACAACAGCAGGGGCUGCCAGCUUGGCUUCCAGUGAGGGGGCUGCCGGUAAUCCAGGUUGUCCCCAACAAACCCCCCAUAUUCCUAGACCACCAGCCAAAACUGUUACAGAGAAGGAAAGAUAA